CCAUGGCCUCGUGUGAGAUUGCAGUUCUAAUCUGUUGCCUCGUACUUGUAGGUGGCCAACUCUCAGAUAUCACCAAUCAGAAUGAGCUGGAACUGGGGGAAACAUUGCUACGCCUGCUCCUGAGACUGCGUCUUGAGGAAGACUUCGACACUCUGCUCAUCUACGGACAGGAGUGUGUUUUCCAUGCGCUGUCCAAACGCUUGGAAGUCUCCACUGUGCUGGCGUCCUCGGGCAGCACCGACUACGAUUGGAACUUCAGCAGCUCGACACUGAUCUUGGGCUGUGGAGCCACUGCUGAGAGGGAGCAGAACAAUCGCACUUUGAUGAAGCUGCAAGUGAAAAGGCGCCUGCUGUACCUAAAGCAAGACACUCAGCCAGAGAAGGUAUGCGACGACUAUUCGACCAGAGAGCAAUACAACGUGGCCAUGGUGAAGGAGGACUUUAUCCAUUCGGGCAUCAUCUACACCUGUCGCUGCUUUCAAGAGCUCAACUUUAAGGAGCUGAAACUCCUCGAUCAUAGACCAAUUUUUGUGGAACAAUUCAAAAACAUGCACGGGGCCCCCAUCAAAACUCUGGCGGAUCAAUUGGCCCCUCGGUCGAUGUUGGAUCGCGAUGCGAGGACUGGGGAGGAGAAAAUGGUUGGUUUCGUGGCCAAUUUGAUGUACAACUUCGCCCAGAUGGUAAAUGCCAGAGUACAGAUGACCACGGAUAUGAGAUCGAAGGGCGGAAAGACCCCUUACUUUAGGAACAUAUCCAAGUGGGCGGGGGAUGAUCUCCUGGACAUUGGAAUGGCCCUGGAUACAAAUUGGCUAAGAUCGAACUUCGACACUCUCACCUAUCCGUAUUUGACGGGAAGCUUCUGUUACAUGGUCCCGCAUCCGCCCAAGGUGCCAUAUCGACUGUUAUACACGAUCAUUGUGGAUCCCCUCGUCAUGGGCAUCAUUUUCGUUCUGUUCUGCCUGUUCUCGCUCCUUCUGAUCUACAGCCAGCAGCUGUCCUGGAAAGGUCUCACUCUGGCAAACAUCCUGCUGAACGACAAGAGUCUGCGCGGCCUCCUGGGCCAGUCCUAUCCGUUUCCCCGUAACUCCAGCAAGCAACUAAAGCUCGUCUGCUCUCUGCUGUGCUUCGCGAGUGUGAUGAUGACCACCAUGUACGAGGCAUAUCUGCAGUCUUUCUUCACCAGUCCGCCGCCCGAGCCCCUGCUCCGUUCCAUCAACGAUGUGCAACACUCCCGCUACAAGGUGGCCAUAAACAGAGCGGAUAUGAAGUUCCUGCAUGACUCCGGGCAUGAAGGAGUCCAGAAGCUGAGCAAGGAUCGCACCCACAUCAUUGAGGACUACAGCGAGUUUGUUUCGCUUCGGGAAUCCUUUAAUGCCAGCUUCAUCUUUCCGGUAACGGACAUGCGCUGGCAAACCUACGAGGAACAGCAGAAGAUUUUCGCGAAGCCUGUCUUCUACUAUUCAGACGACAUUUGCAUCAACCGCUUCUUCUUUUUCAGCCUGCCGAUUCGCCGCCAUUUGCCCUACCGCGAGCUCUUCGAGGAGCACAUACUGCGGCAAAAGGAGUUCGGUUUCCUUAACUUUUGGCUAGACAGAAGCUUCUACGACAUGGUGAGGCUGCGCCUGACGCCCAUGAAGGACUUUAGUUCACCGGCACCCCUAUGGGACGCCAUUUUUUUUGAGGACAUGUCCUGGAUACUGUCGCUGUAUGUCGUUGCCAUGCUGCUUUGCUGCUUUUGCUUUGUCCUAGAGCUCUGGGGCUCCAGGUGCUGCUCGAAAUGGAGGCGAUGCAGAACACCGAAUUGAGGUCGACGCAGAGAUAUUCUCUGCGUGAAGAUUCCGAUUCACAUUUUAU